AUGGCAUAUUCAGAAGAGGAAAGAUCACGACAAGAGCAACAGCAAGUGCAAGGACAAUAUGAACCUGGGACAAGCCUCGCUAAGAAAGAUUUAUUUGAUCUGGAGGCAGAUGGAGGCGGCAGUUCUCGUGGUCAAAAUGCUCGUCAGAAAGCAGAUUGGGGAACCAUCUUGAAGCUUGCAUUUCAAUGCAUUGGCAUUGUCUAUGGCGAUUUAGGUACGUCUCCAUUGUACGUUUUACCUGGAGUUUUUCCUGAAGGGAUCAAAGACAAGGAGGAUAUCCUCGGCGUGCUUUCGCUGAUUAUUUACUCGAUUAUUAUCAUCACCCUGAUUAAGUAUGUAUUCAUCGUUUUGGCUGCAAAUGAUAAUGGGGAUGGGGGGACCUUUGCACUCUAUUCUCUCAUAUGCCGCCAUGCCAAGGUUAGUUUGAUUCCAAACCAGCAGGCUGAAGAUAAAGAAGUGUCUACUUAUAAGUUGGAUUUGCCAAAUCGCCGUACAAAGAUGGCUUCAGCUGUCAAAUCUUCAAUUGAGAGUAGCCAUGUAAUCAAGUACUUUAUAUUGUUCACAACCAUGCUUGGAGUGUCGAUGGUCAUUGGAGAUGGCAUCCUUACACCCUGCAUAUCUGUAUUAUCGGCCGUUGGAGGUAUUAGGGAGGCUGUUCCUAGCCUUUCACAAGAUGUAGUCAUGUGGAUUUCAGUGGUGAUUUUGAUUUCAUUGUUCCAAGUACAGAGGUUUGGAACAGAUAAAGUUGGCUAUACUUUUGCUCCAGUUCUUGUUCUAUGGUUUGCUUUAAUUGCAUUUAUUGGUAUUUUCAACUUCUUCAAGUAUGAUCCUGGUGUAAUCAAAGCUAUUAAUCCAUGGUACAUUGUAAAAUACUUCGUAAAGAAUAAGAAGGAUGCGUGGAUUUCUCUUGGAGGUGUCAUUUUAUGCCUCACAGGUUCUGAAGCUUUGUUUGCUGAUUUGGGCCACUUCAAUAUCCGCUCAGUUCAAUUGAGUAGUUGCGCGGUAUUGGUUCCCUCUGUCUUGUUAGCCUAUAUUGGCCAAUGUUCCUAUCUACGGAAAAAUACCAAGGAUGUUACUGAAGCCUUUUUUAGAUCAAUCCCAAAAUCAAUGUAUUGGCCGCAGUUUGUUUUAGCAGUAUUGGCAGCCAUCAUUGCUAGUCAAUCAUUAAUCUCCGCUUCCUUCUCCAUCAUCCAACAAUGUGUAGCACUAGGGUCUUUCCCCAGGAUUAAGGUCGUGCACACAUCUGCAGAACAUGAGGGACAAGUUUAUGUUCCAGAGAUCAACACCCUUUUGAUGUUGGCCUGUGUAGGGGUUACUCUUGGCUUCAAAAACACUCUGACUAUUGGCAAUGCAUAUGGAAUUGCUGUAACAUGUGUUUUCGUAAUUACAUCUUCAUUUCUUGUUCUUAUUAUGAUUAUGAUAUGGAAAACAAAUAUAAUUGUCAUAAUCAUCUAUAUCCUAACCAUCGGUCUCAUUGAAGUGAUAUUUUUGAGCUCUACACUAUACAAGUUUAUUGAUGGAGGGUACCUUCCUUUAUUAUUUGCUUUAAUCAUGGUCUCCAUUAUGUUCAUAUGGAACUACGGCUACAGGAAGAAGUAUAUGUAUGAACUCGAACAUAAAAUUGCAGUAGAAACACUUACUGAUAUAGUCUCUGAUGAGAGGAUCCAUCGAUUGAAUGGUCUUGGUUUAUUCUAUAGUCAGCUUGUCCAUGGUGUAUCUCCUAUAUUUACUCAUUAUGUAUCGAGUGUUCCUGCCUUGCAUAAAGUUCUUGUAUUUGUUUCAAUCAAGUCACUGCCCAUCAGUAAAGUCCCAUCUGAGGAACGGUUCUUGUUUCAACGAGUAAAGUCUGGGGAGUUGAUUUUCCGAUGUAUAGUGAGGUAUGGAUACAAAGAUUCAACAAAGGAUCAGGAGUCGUUUCAGGAGAUGCUAGGGAAUCAGUUGAAGGAGUUCAUAAGGGAAGAUAUAAAGGGAGAAGACAUGCAAAGGGAAUUGGAAUUGGUUGAUAAUGCACUGAGAGAUGGUGUUGUUUAUCUGAUGGGUGAGGGAGAGGUGAUGGCUGCAAAUGGGUCAACUUGGAUCAAGAAAUUGACUGUGGAUUAUCUCUACAAUUGGUUAAGUAGAUGUGUGAGGCAACCAGAUGAAGUUUUCUUGAUUCCUCGUAAGCACCUACUCAAAGUGGGAAUGACUUUUGAUGUCUAGAGAGCAAAUUCUUCCCUGAACCUAGUUUAUUAAGAUUUUUUUUUAUAAGUAAA